AUGCUGCUUCACAAACUGCUCGUUUGGAUCCUGACUUUCCUUUGUGGCUCUGAAGUUACUUUGGGAUUUGUGUACGACAGGCCAAGACGCUCAGGAGAAGACUCGUCCCGGUCAGACUCGCGGGCAUCUCCUUACAACCCCUCCUCUGGCUCCUGUAAGAGCCGGUGUUUUGAGCUGGUGGAGUUGGACCCUCCAAACUGUCGCUGUGACAACCUCUGUAAGACUUACCACAGCUGCUGCUCCGACUUCGACCAGCUCUGCCUCAGGACUGAAGGAGGAUAUGAGUGCAGUAAAGACCGUUGUGGAGAGUUGAGGAAUGAGCAACAUGCCUGUCACUGCUCUGAAGACUGUCUGGCCAAAGGAGACUGCUGCACCAACUACAAAGCCCUGUGCCGAGGAGAUACAUCGUGGCUGCAGGAUUACUGCGAGGAGAUCAAGAGUCCAGAAUGUCCAGCCGGGUUCACACGUCCUCCGCUCAUCGUGCUGUCAGUGGAUGGAUUUAGAGCUUCAUACAUGAAGAGAGGAAGUGCAGUCAUACCCAACAUUGAGAAACUGAGGACUUGUGGGACCCAUGCUCCCUACAUGAGGCCCGUUUACCCCACCAAGACAUUCCCAAACCUUUACUCACUAGCCACAGGCCUCUAUCCGGAAUCCCAUGGUAUAGUUGGUAACUCUAUGUACGACCCUGCGUUUGACGCCACUUUUACGCUGAGGAGCAGAGAGAAGCUCAGUCAUCGCUGGUGGGGAGGGCAACCUAUCUGGAUAACAGCACUCAAGCAAGGCGUAAAGGCCGCCAGCUUCUUCUGGCCAGUGGGCAUCCCGUUGGAGAGGAGGAUUCUGACCAUGCUGCAGUGGCUCCACCUUCCUGAUGGGGAAAGGCCUUAUGUUUACGCCAUGCACUCGGAGCAGCCGGACACAUACGGGCACAAAAUGGGACCACUGAGUGCAGAAUUGAAUAACCCUCUGAGAAUGAUCGACAGAAUCGUGGGUCAGCUCAUGGAUGGACUGAAACAGAUGAAGCUGCAUCGCUGUGUCAACAUCAUCCUGGUGGGAGACCAUGGAAUGGAGGAAGCCCAUUGUGAACGCACAGAGUUCCUCAGUAACUACAUGCAUCACGUGGAUGACAUCAUUCUUAUCCCUGGAUCUUUGGGCCGGAUACGCUCCAGACAUCCCAACAAUGUCAAAUAUGAUCCAAAGGCUAUUGUGUCAAAUCUGACAUGUAAGAAAGCAGAGCAGCACUUUAAGCCUUACUUAAAGCAGCACCUGCCUAAGAGACUGCACUACGCCAACAACCGGCGCAUAGAAGACGUUCAUCUGCUGGUGGACAGGAAGUGGCAUGUGGCCAGGAGGGCUCCGGAAAUGAAGCGCCACUGUGGUUUCCAUGGUGAUCAUGGUUAUGAUAAUAAGAUAAACAGUAUGCAGACCAUUUUUAUGGGAUAUGGACCCAUGUUCAAAUUCAGAACCAAAGUCCCAGUUUUUGAAAAUAUUGAACUUUACAACGUCAUGUGUGAUCUCCUUGGACUAAAGCCUGCCCCAAACAAUGGCACCCACGGGAGCCUGAACCACCUCUUGCGGAGCCCGUCGUUCAGACCCCUGGUGGCCGAGGAGGUGUCCAGGCCCACUCCCUCUGCUCUGGUUCUGGGCGGCUCUGACGACUUGGGCUGCAGCUGCGAUGAAAAGUUGCGUGUAAAAAGUAGAGGCCAGAGAGGCUUGAAAGUGACCCUUGUGCGAGGCUAUAACCUGGAGUCACUCUGGCUCUGUCUCUUACAGAACAAAGUGGAGGAGUUAAACCAACGUCUGCGGCAAGCUAUGGACGACAGCAGAAACCUUCCCUACGGUCGCCCUGCAGUUCUGUUUCGGACCAAGUACUCCAUCCUCCACCACAGCGACUACAUCAGCGGAUACAGCGAGUUCUUGUCUAUGCCUCUGUGGACUUCAUACACCGUGAACAAACAGGUGGAGUUGUAUCCGCUCCCAGAUGCUUUAUCGAACUGUGUGCGUCCCGACACCAGGGUCCCUCCGGCCUACAGUCAGUCCUGCACCAACUACAGAGCGGACAAGCAGAUCACAUAUGCCUUUGUUUACCCGCCUCAAUUAUCUUUACAAAUGGAGAAAAAGUACGAUGCGGUCCUCAUCACCAACACUGUCCCGAUGUAUCCUGCAUUUAAACGGAUAUGGAGUUACUUCCAACGAGCUUUAGUGAGAAAAUUUGCCACUCAGAGAAACGGCGUCAACGUUCUCAUCGGUCCAAUAUUUGACUAUGACUUUGAUGGCGUCAGGGACUCAACGGAAAGAAUCAAAGAGUUUAUGACUGGAACUAUCCCGGUGCCAACACAUUACUUCAUUGUGUUGAGCAGCUGCCUGGACUUCACGCAGCCGGCGGACUCCUGCACCGGUCCACUGAGCAGCGCCGCCUUCGUCCUGCCGCACAGGCCCAACAACGACGAGACCUGCAACAGCUCGGAGGAGGAGUCCCGCUGGGUGGAGGAGCUGAUGAAGAUGCACACGGCUCGGGUCCGGGACGUGGAGCUGCUGACCGGUCUGGACCUGUACCGACGAACCAACCGGCCCUACACCGAGGUCCUGUCCCUCAAGACGUACAUGCACACGUACGAGAGCGAGAUCUGA